UCUGAUUCCAUGUAGUUAGCUGAAUUUGUAGGUUGUGAAUUUUAACUGUUAUAUUAAUUUUAUAAUAAUGCAUUGGACUUGUUUCCUACGAAUUCUUAGUGUACAACCGAAAAAUAUAUUAAAUAAUGGACUCAAUAAUUUUUUAUCAAAAAGGAAUUGUACAUCUCUGAUGAAAGCUGUUUUACUAAAGGAAUAUGGAUCACCAGAUGUGUUAAAACUUGAUCGAGUGCCAAUUCCAAACAAAGGAAAUUCUGAAGUAUUAGUCAGAGUAAAGGCUGCUGGAAUAAAUCCUGUGGACUUAUAUAUGAGAGAAGGAGCAUUUAUGUCACUUCCUCCUCUACCUACAGUUCUUGGCAAAGAAGUAUCUGGUAUCAUUGAAGAAGUUGGCACAGAUGUUAAAAUUUUUAAGAUUGGUGACAGAGUUGCUUGCUGCCUACCUAGAAAUGGAGGAUAUGCUGAAUAUGUUACUUGUCAUGAGAAAUAUCUGAUUCCCCUGUCUGAUAAAUUAACUUUUUCUCAAGGUGCAACUUUGUACGUUGCUUACUUUGUGGCUUACAGAGCCUUGAUAACAACGUGUAGGAUAAAAAAUAAUGAACAUUUAUUAGUUCAUGGAGGUAGUGGUGGUGUUGGUAUUGCAGCAAUACAGAUAGCCAAAUCAAAAGGAUUGAAAGUUAGUGCAACUGCUGGUACAACAAAGGGCAUGGAAAUGAUGAAGGCGGUUGGAGCCGAUCAAGUAUUUAAUCAUAAAGAUAAAGGAUAUUUGCUUAAGAUGUAUGCAAGUACGGAAGGGAAAGGAUUUGACGUAAUCUUGGAAAACUGUGCUGACAUAAAUUUAGCAAAAGACUUUGAUGUUCUGAAUGUAAAUGGUCGCAUAGCAGUUGUUGGUACUAGAGGUCAAAUACGUCAGGCACCAGACAAACCAAAAUUAAUAUCUGUUAAUCCUAGAAGUCUUAUUUAUACAGAAGGAAAAAUUCAAGGCGUUAAUUUAGUGAGAAUGACUGAGGAGGAGUUUAAUGAAGCACGUACUUCUGUGGUCAAUGGUGUUGAAGAAGGAUGGUUAAAACCAGUGAUAGGGAAGGAAUAUGCUCUCAAUCAAGCACCCUUAGCGCAUAAACAGCUUUUGUCAGAGAAUAUUGGCUCCCGUGGAAAAAUUGUUUUCAAUUUACUGCUUUGACAUCUUCAUUAGAUUAUUUUUUUAGUUUUUGAUGAGUUUUAUUUUCACCGUGAACUCGAUCGAUUAGGUAUAAUUUCUGUUCCUAAAAUUUGUACAGUGUUGACAUUUGUUUAGACUAUAGAUUUAGAACUUACUUCUUACAUUUUUAUGUAAGUUGUUACUUUAUGAUAUUUAAAAUUGAAAUUAGCUACUUUAUUGUUUUGAAUGACUGUUUUUAGUGUACGAUAACUUUUUAAUUGAAUUAUUAAUUAACUUACUAUGAAUAUCAUUACUUUUCAGAUUAUGAGCUUUGAAAUAAAAAUUUUAUUCUUUGGAUAUGAAUAAGUUAGGUAUUCUAAACUAAAU